AUGCGACCAGCACAUCCACCUGUCGUUCAUGGUGAUCCAAAUAUUCAAUUUACUGACCGUCCACUGGAAAGACUAAUAGUUCAGGAUAAAAGGGAAGAUGCAAGUUGUCAGCCUACACCAUCGAAGUUACCGGCCACUUCAACAAGUCUAGUAAAUCCUGUAAGUGGGAAAGGAGCUGCUUCUGAGGUAGUUCACUCUGGGAGUGGUGCAGUGUACCCUUCUGGAAUAUGCAAUGCUUUCACACAGCCUGCGAAUCAGAAUUCAGUAUCCAGGUUUCCUCAGUCUGGUCACACGCAACAUCACUACCCACCGCCACCACAUUAUAUACCUAAUGCCGUGCCACCGGGAAAUCCCACCAGUUUGGUUCAUCAGCGUAGUCCGUUACCAAGCAUUCAACAAGCCACGCCAAGCAAUGCGGCUAAAGCCAACUCAACAACACCCGUGAACCGUACGAAGAAAGUUGCAUCAUCUGGAUCGUCUACUUCAUCUGCUUCUUCAGCCUCUUCGACAUCUUCGAAGAAGAAGAAGGCUGAUUGUGAUGUGAGCAAAGAAGCGACGAGUCAGGAAAUGCGAGAACGGCCGACUUCUAGUUCAGGUGAAAGUGUUGUGGACCCUAACCAGAUGAAGUCUAAUGAUUUGGCGAAUGUGACUCCUGGCCAUUCGAAUGAGUUUCAACAAGGGUUAUCAGGACAGCCGAGGCACGUUGUUGCUUCUCAGUACCAACCAAGUAAUGUCCCUUCAAACGUUGUCAGCUCAGCCCAGGUGUCUGGGGCUCCAGUACAAGCACCGUACGCGUACGAGGUUAGCAUGUCGAAUCCAUCAAACCCCCCACCUCUACCUGGUGGUGCUUAUUAUCCCCAUCAUCCGCCUGUUACCAUGUCUAAUCCCAGUGGUUAUUCUCAUGCACGCGUCCAAUUCUCACAACACACUCCUUACAACGCUAUGCAGUACCACCAUAUGCCUCAACAAGCGUCUUCGGAGCAGCCACAGCCGCCACCACCACCACCUAUGUAUGUGCAGCAUAUGGCACAGAAUGCUGCACCGCAUGUCCCACAACAACCUGGAACACCAGUGGGAGGACCUAACCAACAUCCUCCUAGCCACAUCCCACAAGCACCACCACCACCUCACCAACACAAUGCAAGCAAUUGGCAUCCAGCAGGUGCAUCACCAUACCCUGCACACUAUGGUCCUUCUCGUUAUCCAGUUCCGAGUGGUGGUGGUGGUGGUCACGUGGGUUAUCCUCCCAUGCAACCGCCACGUAAUUUUGGCCCGAAUUCUGGUGGAUAUUCUUCAGUGCCUCAUUAUUUGGUUGGUCAGCAGAACCCACAAGCCCAUCCUCACCAAAAUGUCCUCCCAGCUGUGCCAGUUAGUCUACAAGAUGGAUCGAGUGGAGGAUCCCAGCCAAUCCCAGCACCACCACCGUACCAGCAGCAGCAGCAACAACAACAGCAGCAGGCGAGUUCUGUCGUUGGUUAUUGGCCGACACAACAUCAAGUACCUCCAGACUAUGUUCAGAGUCAACAACCGUCUCACUACGCGGUGGCGCCUGGUUCUCAAUCAGAGAGUAUGGGAGGCGCAAACCAGCAGCAAGUAUUAUCAUCGGUGGAUGGUGUCCAUCCAUGUUCUGGUAUAUCUGGACCUCCUGGGGAUGGUGGGAUGAGUCAAAUGCAAAUGGUGCCGUCGAACCAAUCUCAGGGAGCGAACAUUUAUUAUCCAGGUGGACCUGUCCCGCCUUACCCUCAUGGUGGACCGAAUGGAUUUUAUUCAGUGCCACCCCAACAUCACUACGCUCCUGCUCCUGCUCCUCCUCCACAUCAGCCUGGUGGAAAUCCGUGGUCAUGUUACCCUAAUCCCGGUCCACCUCAGAUCCCGAGUUACCCACCACCACAACAACCACAACACCCGCAACAGCAACAACAACAACAACAGCAGCCGCCACAACAUCCACACCAAUCUCCUCAGUGUAAUGUUGGUUCAAGCUAUACUACGCCUCAAAUGGCGAAUAAGCCUGAACAGUCUGUGGUGGGAGCAGCGAGUGGUACAGAGAAUUCAGGUGGUGGUGGUGUAUGUGGAGCGGGGAAUUCCAACAGUCGUCCACCGUCUAACAAUAAUUAAUUAUUUGAUGGGAUCAUAUAUGAUUAUUGCAUUUUAGUUAUUUUGAAAGCAGUGCUUUUAUUGUGAAUUGUCACUCACUAACUCAUUGCUUGGUUAGUUGAACUCUACUCUAUUUCCGACUCUUGUCAUCAUCAUCACCACUGUUGGAUUCUUUUAAUAUUCUCUUCUUUUUUUGAUUACUCAUAAGUUGUACUCUUUCGUCCAUUAAUAUGUCCGUCAUUUGUGUGUGUGUGUGUUCACAGUAUUUCAGGUUUAUUAGACGUUUGAGUAUUUUUCUGGAUACGUCUGCAGAUGGUUUCAGUUGAUUGAUUUACUCCUUGUCUUUGUUAUCAUGUACUGUACAUAAGUUUUGUUGAGCGGAAAACAGAUUGAUUUAAGACAAGGCGUCUUGAGUAUUUUUAACAAUGUGUGUGUGUGUGUGUACUUGACGACAGUAUUCUGAGACACCUAUAUCAUUGUUGACACUGAUAUAUACUGCUGCUAGAUGAACUAGGAUGACGAACAGACUUAGCAGAUAAAUUGUAAUAGUUAUCCACUGUCGGCUAACCAUGAUCAUUUUUUUGUUAAUUGCGCUUUUGGUCACUUUGAAGCGUCAAUGUACUGCAGCAUUGAAGACAGUUAGUUGUCCUUGGACUGACUGUCUCGGGCAUUGGAGUUUGCUCUCGAAAUUUAUCUCAUUUUCAUGUAUCAUCCAGUUGCCUUUUUGUGAACAAAGGCUGUGUAAUAAAUGUUGUGAAAUGUGAGUUUGAUGAUUUUGAAAAUGGCGUUUGUCACAUCAUAUUGACGUAGGGAUUAGAUUAGUGAAGCAACUGGGAAAUUUCCAUUCAGCUGUGCUAAUUUUAUCCUUCUUAGAAUAUCACACGAACAGCAUACUCAACCACUUGUAACUGGAUGGAUACAUGAGUUUGUG